AUGAUAUCGGGUGGUGAGACAACCAGUGAGAGGCCACGGAAUCUCAUGUUUGUUGGUAGGACAUCACUGAAAUCGGAUCUGACGAACAUGAGCACUGCAGACCAUGUAGUCUGUUCCUUCCUCUACAUCUUUAAUACCAGAACGCUCUCCUCCGACACCGAUCUACACGCUCUUCUUGCAACUACGGAUCACAUUAUAUUCCAUAUGAUCGAGCGAAAAGAAACGAAGAGUAAGGAGAUCGACAUGCGCUCUUUAAAUUACGAGAGCGUUCUCGUCCGCGUAGAAAUGGUCCCGUCAUGA